AGAGACUUUUAAGAGAACUUUUAAGAGGAUAUUUAAGAGGAUAUUUAAGAGAUAAAAAUGGAGUCUACUGGAGAGAAGAAGAAGCGUACGUUUCGCCGUUUUACAUAUCGUGGAGUGGAUUUAGAAGCAUUGUUAGAUAUGUCAUCGGAACAGCUGAUGGAAUUAGUUCAUGCAAGAGCACGUCGACGAUUUCAGAGAGGAUUGAAACGUCGACCGAUGGGAUUAAUUAAGAAGCUUCGAAAGGCUAAAAAAGAGGCGCCUCCAGGUGAAAAGCCGGAGACGGUAAAAACACAUUUAAGAAACAUGAUAGUAGUUCCUGAGAUGAUUGGAUCAAUAAUUGCUGUUUAUAAUGGAAAAGUAUUUAAUCAGGUAGAAAUUCGACCGGAAAUGGUAGGACACUAUCUUGGAGAGUUUUCUCUUACAUAUAAACCUACUAAACAUGGACGACCUGGUAUCGGUGCAACACAUUCUUCACGAUUUAUUCCAUUAAAAUAGAAUAUUUAAAAAUUAUGGAAGAAAAUAUUAUAUAUUUCAAAUAUUU